AUGAGUGAGAGCGUCCGCCGCGGAGCGCUCGCGCUCCUAAGCGAGGGCAGCCGCGCGGACGCGCUCCUGACCCGCCGUAGCCUCGGACUUGGCGACGAGGUGGGCCGCGGCGAGAGCGGCGUCUGCCGUAGUAGCUUCGGCGAUGAGGGCCUCCUUCCCGCGGAAGACGGUGGCGGCGAACGGUGCGUUCGCGGGGGGCAUGCCCAGCCCACGCCAGGGAGGAGGAGAGCCACCAGCGGCGGCGGCAGCGGCCGCACCCGUGCCAGCCGCGCUCGCGUGGGCAGUGGCGGCGGCAGCGCCCGCGCCAGCCGCGGGGGCCACGGGGGCUGUAGGGGCGGCGGCAGCAGGCGCGCCCACCAAGGCCCCUGCGUCCUGGGCUGCGGCGGCGGCCCCCGCAGCACCCGCGGCCGCGCUCGCGUCUGCGUCCUGGGCGGCAGGCGCGCGCCAGUCGCCCUGGGCGGCGGCUGCAGCGGCGCCGUCCGCGCCUAG